AUGGCCCAAGACCCUCGUGCUCUGCUCUUGAAGGCCGAUAAGACGCUGCAAGGUGCCGGCAGCGGCUUCAGCUUCUUUGGCGGCCGCGAGGAAAAGUACCAGAAUGCCGCCGACUUGUAUGUCCAGGCGGCCAACGCCUUCAAGAUGCAGAAGCAGGAUCUCGAAGCCGGAAAGGCGUUUGAAAGGGCUGCUGAAGUCUUCACCAAGAACCUCAACGAACCCGACGACGCCGCCAACAGCCUCAUCGAUGCCUUCAAGGCGUACCGAAAGACCGAUGCCAAAGCCGCCGUCCGAUGCGUAAAAGUGGCAAUCCAGCGCUAUUGCGCCAAGGGAAACUUCAGAAGAGCGGCCAGUCAGCAGGAGGCUCUAGCUGAAGUCUACGAGCAGGAGCUUGGUGACAACAAGAGCGCACUGGAGGCGUGCGAGUCUGCUGCUUCGUGGUACGAUGGCGACAAUGCCACUGCCCUCGCGAACAAACUCUGGAUCAAAGUUGCCGACAUGGCCGGUCUUGAGGGAGACUACUACAAGGCCAUCGAGAACUAUGAAAAGGUGGCCACAGUGUCAAUUGACAACAACCUCAUGAAGUACAGUGUCAAAGAAUACUUCCUCAAAGCUGGCAUUUGCCACCUUGCCAGCGGCGACAUGGUUGCCACCCAGCGCGCUCUCGACAAGUACCGCGAGAUGGACCCUUCCUUUGCUUCGCAGCGCGAGCACCUGCUCCUCGUCGACCUCUGCGAGGCGAUCGAGGCCAAGAGCCAAGAACAAUUUACGGAUAAACUGUUCCAGUACGAUCAGAUGAGCAAGCUCGACAAGUGGAAGACUAGCAUGUUGGUGAAAGUGCGGGAGGGCAUCGAGGAAGCCGAUGAUGAGUUUGCUUAA